GUCCAGGUCUGAGAAACACUUAAAUAGGCGGACUUGGGCAGGUGGCAUCACUCAGUGCUAAUGAGCGAGUACUAACAUGCUGCUCCUGGCUGCACUCCUCUUCUUGUCUCUGCGUCUCGGCGGUUCCGGUCCAAUCCCUCCGGUCCACCCAGAGAUCCUCAGACUUCUCCACAACGCGGAGACGCUGGAAGAACUGAUGACGAAGGAUAAAGGUCUGCAGGAGGGCGACAUUCUCCUCAAAAAAGACCGGAACGCCGUGGACCAUAAGUGGUCCACCCUCAAAAUCCCGUACGAGAUCAACCCAAACCUGGUGGCUCGCACCGAUGAAAUCCUGGCCGCGUUCAAGAUGAUCUCCGACAACACCUGCCUGUCCUUCCACAAGCGCACCACCGAGAAGGACUACAUCGCCUUCGUAUCCUCCCAAGGGUGCGCGUCGUACGUGGGCGCCAUCGGCGGCAAGCAGGGCGUGCACGUGGGCCCCACCUGCAUGGUGGGCAACAUCGUGCACGAGAUCCUCCACGCGCUGGGCUUCUACCACGAGCACACCAGGGAGGACCGCAAGGGAUACAUCACCAUCGUGUCUGAAAACAUCAUGAAAGGGCGGGAACGCAACUUCAAAAUGCAAACUGGCAAAACCUUCCAGCUUCCGUACGACCUGUCCUCCAUCAUGCACUACGGCAGCACUUUUUUUUCAACCAACGGCCGUCCCACCAUCAAGGCCAAAGUGAAGGAGACGGAAAUGGGCCAGCGAGGCAGAAUGACGUCCAUCGACAUCCAGAGAGUGCGCAGCCUCUACAACUGUGACUCUGCAGAGAAUCAAAACCAAACCAGUGAGAAGAAAGUGGGCGAGGUAUAGUGGCGCCUCUUGGGCCAUAUCAGAGACCUGCAUCUGUACCAACACGUGACGUCAUCGGUCGUGCGACAUUAGCAAGACCACAUUUAAACCCAAGAUGCUAACUUAUGAAUAAAAUCACAAUUUCUGACCCAUUA